AUGAAUAAAAAUAUGAAUUCACCGUCUAAACUUACGGAGUUCGCUCCGUUAAGUCCCGAGGAGAGUCAACCUGUUGUAGCCUCUUUAUUCUCAAAAUUUUUUAACUUCACUAAAGGUUCACAAAAUAUUGAUGAUUCUACAGUAUCUUCUAUUAAUGAAGAUCAAAGCUCAUCUGAUUCUGAAUCAUGGAAACAAUCAGAAAGUAUCGAAAAAUCACCUGAAGAUGAUAGCUCAAGUAUAAUGAACUUUCCAUUGGAUAGUCGUGAAGGCAGAAGUUUACCAAAUGUAUUAAAACGUAUUAGUAAUAUUGUAGCUUUAAAAAGUAAUAAUUUACGUUCAUAUAAAGAUUCUCAAUUAAGAAGUUACUGGAUGCCAGAUAGUGUAAGUAAGCAGUGCUAUGAAUGUGGUGAACGAUUCACAACAUUUCGCAGGAGACAUCAUUGUCGUGUUUGUGGCCAAAUAUUUUGUUCAAAAUGUUGUUCUGAUCAAAUUCCUGGAAAGAUUAUGGGAUGCACUGGAGAUCUUAGAGUUUGUACAUAUUGCUGUAAAGUAGUUUUGUCUUAUUUACAAUCAUCAGAUAUGAGAAGUGAUUUAUCGGCAGAUUUAAAAGCAUUACAAGAGGAUCUUCAAGUUAAAUAUGGAAAUGAUUCACUGCCUAUAACUCAAAAAAGUGCAAAUGAAUCAGCAGAAAAUGAAACUUCAAUCUGUAGAAAACCAAGUGUAGGAUAUAUGGAAGAAAAAUAUGCUACUGGACGAUCAGCAACUAGUUAUUUAACAUCUCAAGAGCGAUCUAUUGUUUUACAAAAUUCAGCAUCUUUGAGAAUGAUUUAUGAAGAAUUAUUCAGAUCAAGCCAAGCAAUUCUCUUACAAACGCACAGAAUUAGGUUGAAAAGUUAUCAUAAUUGCUUCCUAGCUAAUGAAUUAGUAAAUUGGAUGAUAGCACAAAAUAAAGCAGCUACACGAGUGCAAGCUACUGCUAUAGGACAAGCACUGUUGGAAGCAGGUUUCAUUGAACCAGUAGUUGUUGAUAACAUGUUUAGUGACACGGCGACAAUAUUCAAACCAGUUAAAUUAUCUCAUAUGCAAAGUGUGGACUUGUUAACUGAAAUACAAAAUACAUGUGAUGCUCAAGAACCAGCAUGGGUAAAAACAAUUCCACAACAUGAUUCAACUACUGAUUCAGAAAGUGAAACAAAACCUUCAAACUCAGCACAACAAAGUACUGGGCGUUUACCAUCCUCAAGUUCAAGCUUUUAUUUAGAUUUAAAUUUAGAAGCCUCUACUGUUACAUUAAAAAGGCCUACAUCAGAAGAUUUAAAUACAAUUUCUGUAGAUAGUAGUGAUGGUGUAAUUGAACAGAAAGAUGUCAUGGUGAAAUCACAUAAAUGUAACUUCAAAAUUGCUGAUGAUCUUCUAAGUGAUACACUUCAGGUCCAAGAAUUUAAAGAAAAAAAUGGUUGGCAUAAACCAACAAAUCUUAGGACUGUAUUUGGAGAAUUAUACGCCUAUGAAUGUUUAACAUCUGCAUAUAAGCAACAUGAAGAUUCGUUAAUUAAGCAACUUCUCAAUAAAGAGGGCUUGUCGCAAACUUGGUCAGAAAUAAUACUUCCUAUUGCUCAUCAAAUUAUUGACCACGUCAAACCAGAUUUAAAUCAUAAUGUCGAUGAUUUAGAUAUUCGACAGUAUGUACAAAUAAAAAAGUGUCCAGGUGGAAGUAGAGAUGAUUGUGAAAUUGUAUCUGGUGUAGUUUGUACAAAAAAUGUGGCACACAGAGGAAUGAAUGCAAUGAUAGCUCAUCCAAAAAUUUUGUUACUUCAGUGCGGGCUUAUGUAUCAGCGAGUUGAAGGAAAAUUAUUAAGUUUGGAACCUGUGAUGUUACAGGAAAAUGAAUACUUAGGUCAUACAGUUGCUAGGAUCACCGCUCUUGGUCCAGAUAUUGUACUUGUGCAUCGAUCUGUAUCAAGACUAGCACAAGAUAGACUUAGAGAAUGUGGGGUAACGCUCGUUUUGAAUGUGAAGCUUAGUGUACUUGAAAGGGUUGCACGAUGUACAGGUGCUAAUAUCGUAAAUACUAUUGAUGCACAUAUAAGUGCAAGAUACAUGCUCGGUACAUGUAAAAAAUUUUAUUUAAGAAAUUUUUCAAGUGAAAAAAAUAGUACUAAAACAUUGAUGUACUUUGAGGGAUGUGCAAAUCCACAUCUUGGAGCUACAAUUUUACUACGAGGUGAUUCUCAGGCAGAAUUAAAGAAAGUGAAAAGUGUAACUUCAAUGAUGAUUUUUGCCGCUUAUUCUUGGCGUCUUGAAAAAUCAUUUCUUAUGGAUGAAUUUGCAACACCGCCAUCUCCUAAGGAUAAUUCAUUUUUGGAUGAAACAUCGCUGGAUGAUUCCACAGAGUUCAAAGAACCCAAUAAAAUACUGCAUACUAAAAGUAGCGAUGGUGAUAAUUCCAUGUUGGUUCAUAAUAAAGAAUAUCCAGAUUACACAGAAAUUUUAAAAAUAUCAAAAGUUCAAGGAGAUUCUGAAGGUGUAUCGAAUGAUACACAAUGUAUAGACAUCGAAUGUUUAGCAACUAGAAGUACACUAACGAAAGAUCUAGUUUCAGAUCAGGUAGAAAAUAUGUUAAAUUCAGAGUCUGUUAAAGAAAUAUCCUCUAUAUUAUCCGAGGAUGCUGAUCCUUAUGAUACUUUGAAAUUAUUCAAACCAAAAACAAAAUUUUUCGCAACUGAUGUAAAAAGUUUAGAGGAUUCCUUAAGGAGUAAAACAAAUAAUGGUAAUUUAAAUAAUACCUAUGGAUUGGAUAUAAGUACUAAUGAAGAUCCAAACAGUACAAUGGAAUUAUUUGGAAGUAAAAUUACUGGAGAAGUAAAUAAGAAUGCAAAAGAAGAAAAUGAAAAAGCAAAAAUAAAAGAUAAAGUUGUGUUAGAAGAGAAACGUAUUUACGGUGAAUCUAUUAGUGAUCGUAGUGAUCCUCUCCACCAGUAUUUAAAUGAAGAUAGACAAGAUGUCUUUAGUCAAACUAGUCCAAAUGGUCAGCAUUUAAGCGUUGCUGAUUUACCACUAUUAAAUAAGUUCAAGAAAGCACUGGAAGGAAGUAUAUUAAGUGUUUCGCCUUAUUUAAAGUUUUCUAUACCUUAUUUGGAAACCGAGUCAGGAAGAAAUUGUAUAUUACGAAGUUUCUUUCCGAGAGAGAUUUUUUAUUCUGUGCAAUUUAUGGAUAACGUGAAGGAAAUUAAAGCGGGUAAUGUAUCUGUAGAACAAACUGGAACUGAAAAUCCGUUUAUGAACUUGAAGUUGAAGCCACAGCAUCCGUUUGUUCAAGCAAGAUUAACUACAACUAUCGAUAAUCGAGAAGUACAAGCUUUAUUGUCUAAUUUUAGAGCAUGUGGCAGCCGACUAUAUCCAACAAAUAAUGUUUUAUUGGAUAAACAACAAGUUGUAACGCAGUCUGAAGUAAACGAUCAAGUUCCAAUAUGGCCUGAUUGCUUAGAUCCCGCUAGUCAUCAACGUUUAUCUGUCUUAUUUUGUAGCUUCUCACAUACUGGUAGCGAUACACCAGCGUUUUGUGUAAAUCCUUCGGUAGUUAAUAUGGAUUUGUAUGGAAGGAAUGAUAUAGCACUCGGGCGUUUCUUAGAACGUUACUGUUUAACAUCUGAAUAUAAGUGUCCUGCUCAAGCAUGUCGAGCACAAAUUGCUCAACAUAUUCGACGAUUUGCGCACGAUGGCGGAUGCAUACACAUUAGUUUAAGUGAAAUGAACACCGAACCGUUUUCUCAAGAAAAUACGGAUCAAAUUUUAAUGUGGAGCAAAUGUGUGAAAUGUAAAAGUGUUUCACCAGUGGUACCAAUGUCAGAUGAUACUUGGUCUCUGUCUUUUGCAAAAUUCCUGGAACUACGUUUUCAUGGAAGUACGUACAUUAGGCGGGGUACGGACACCUGUCAACAUUCGCUACAUCAUGAUCAUUAUCAAUAUUUCACUAAGAAAAACAUGAUCGCCGUGUUCAAAUAUGCAAAAAUAUCGCAAUGGGAAAUUUCCCUGCCACCUCCUUUGAUCAACAUUAUGUAUGAUCCCAAACAACAUGCAGACGUGAUAGAAGAGAUGAAAAGUAUAGCAUUGAAAGGAGACGAAGUUUUCUCCUCUAUACGAGAAAAAUUAACAAUUUUACAAACGGAUAUUGAUAGUUUAAAUGCUGCUAAACAACAGCUAACUAAAGAUCAACAAUAUUUUAAAAAUAAAAUAGAAGAAAUUCAAUUGAAAUUGACAUCUCCAACUCUGGAAAAUAAAAAACUUGAAGGAAAAGUGUCCGAGAAACAAGUUCAAGCUUUGAUGUUCAGAAUUGAAGAUGGAAUUGUAAGUCUUAAACGGCUCAUAUCAGAAGUUGUGUGUACUUGGAAUGCAAAAAUCUUAGAAAUAUCUGCUAAAAAGAAGGAUGAAAGACCAAGACGAUUUACUGAGCGAUCAUUAACAGUUGGAAGUAAUAGCAUAAUUGACACAGACGGUUACAUAACCGAAGAUACUGCAUCAGAAUCACAGAUAGAAGAUUUGAGUCCAAUAUCUACAGAUUAUAACGCUACUGAAGCUAUUACUACUGCACAACAGGACAUACAAGGAAUGGAAGGUGUAGAAAAUUUGGUUAAUGAAAUUUUAGAGAGUAACAAUCCUGAAGAUAUUGUUGUUGCUCAAGGUUCUCCAAAAAUGCAUCAAAGAUCACAUUCUGAUGUUCUACCUACUGCUUUAGAUGAUGUGCUAGAUAAGAAAAAGAAGAAAAAAACAAUCUUGUCGCAAUUAUUACCUUCUGUUCCAGUUACUCAACCAAUAUCAAAUCCUUUAGGAAUUUUGGAGCAUCAUUUACUUCCUGUUGGGUCAAUUGUACGUAUAGUGGUGUACGAGUCAGAACCCUCAUCUAUAAUUGCAUAUGCUCUAGAUUCACAUGACUAUAAGCAUGCGCUCCAUGAAUUAAUGCGCACAACGAAAGGGUCGGAUUUAAACCCUAGUCCACUGAAUAAACGUAAAUUCCCGGAAAAUAAAGAGAAUAUUCCUGAUAUAAUACAAUCUGGAGAAUUUAAGCGACCGUCUGUUUUAUCAUUUUUCCGAGGAAAUAGUCCGAAUCCUGUGAGUCCCGUGGAUUCCGACAAAAGUAUUUCAACUACAGAUACUAACGCUCCAAAUCUUGCAACGACCACAGAAGUAGACGAAGACAAAAAAACCAUAAAACAACAGAAUUACAUUGAAGUUCAGUUCAAUGACGCGACGACAAAUUUCUAUUGUAGAAUAUAUUUUGCUGCACAGUUUGCUGCUUUCAGAGAAAGCGUUUUACCUUGUGGCGAAGAUGGAUUUACAAGAAGUUUGAGUCGAAGUGUGCUGUGGGCUGCAAGAGGUGGAAAAAGUGGAAGUACUUUCUGUAAAACUCGAGAUGACAGAUUUAUUAUAAAGGAAAUGUCUAGACUAGAAAUGCAAAUAUUUCUUGAAUUUGCACCGAAUUAUUUCUCCUACAUGGAAAAAUGUCAACAGACAAAACAGCCAACGUUAUUAGGGAAGAUAGUCGGUGUUUACAGGGUAUCUUUUAAAAAUAAUACGACAAAUGCAGCCCUUCGAACCACUGUAUUGGUGAUGGAAAAUUUGUUUUAUAAGAGAACGAUAACAGACAAAUUUGAUUUAAAGGGAUCAGUCAGAAAUCGUCUUGCAAAUCCUGAUGAUACAUGUCAUGAAGGAGAACUUGUAUUACUUGAUGAAAAUUUGUUAAAUAUGAGUUGCGAUUCUCCGCUGUAUAUUAGAUCGCAUUCAAAAGCGGUUUUGAAUAGAGCCAUUGAACAAGACACAAAAUUCCUAGCUGAUAAUUCUGUGAUGGAUUAUUCGCUACUAGUAGGUUUAGAUCCAAAUUCAGAUGAACUUGUUCUAGGUAUAAUAGACUAUAUACGAACUUUUACUUGGGACAAAAAAUUGGAAACAAUGGUGAAGAAAUCGGGUAUAUUAGGUGGCCAAGGAAAAUUGCCAACAAUAAUAUCACCAGAAGAAUAUCGAGCCCGUUUUAUAGCUGCUAUGCAUCGAUAUUUCUUACCUGUACCGGACAGGUGGUCUGGUUUAGGUAGAGGUGUAGAAACAUAA